AUGGCGGCGCCCAGCUGUGACGCCGGUAAUGGCGGCGCCGCGGCCCGUUACUGCCUGGUGAGCGGCAUCCCGGCCGCGCUGCGCUCCGCCCAGCUCCGCCACUACUUCAGCCAGUUCAUCGAGGCCGGCGGCUUCCUCUGCUUCCACUACCGGCACCGGCCCGAGCGCGCGGCGGCGGCGGCGGCGCCGGGCACUUGCUCGUGCCUGGUGGCCGUGCGGCCCGGCCACGCGCGCCGCCUCGUCCGCAUGUACUCGGGGCGGCGCUGGCUCGGGCCGGGCGCGGCGCGGCUGCCCGGGCGCUGCCGCGUGCGCAGGGUCCGGCUCGGCCCCGGGGCAGGCCCGGAGACGUUUCCCUACGAAGGUGACAAGGCGGCUGUGAGCGAUUCCGGCGCGGAGGUGGAUUUGAAGCGGCUGCCCGAGCUGAACCCCCCUGCGUUCAUGCCACACGGGAAUGUGGGAACGCCCUUGAAAGUUUUCCUGGAGUUGAUCCGGGCCUGCAGGCUGCCUCCCCGGAUUAUCAAGAAAUUGCAGCUGGAUUUUCCCAAGACAGGCUCGUCCCGUAGGUAUGGGAAUGUGCCCUUUGAAUACCAGGACACUGAGACAGUGACAGGAGAAGGAGUUUACACAGCAGCAGGGGAUGAGAUCCCGGAGGACGAGGAGCCUGUGGGACGAGCCGAGACGUCUGAUCCAGUCACUGCCGAAGAAGGUGGGGAGGGACAGGAGGAGGAGGAAGCAGAGGAGUCGCACUCAGAUGAUGACAAUGAUACCUGUGAGGAAUGGGAGCGACACGAGGCUCUGCACGAGGAUGUGACCAAACAGGAGCGCACGGAGGAGCGGCUCUUUGAAGAGGAGAUCGAGCUGAAGUGGGAGAAGGGCGGCUCUGGGCUGGUCUUCUACACGGAUGCUCAGUACUGGCAGAAGGAGGAUGGAGAUUUCGAUGAGCAGACUGCAGAUGACUGGGACGUAGACAUGAGCAUCUACUAUGACAAAGAUGGAGGAGAUAAAGAUGCUCGGGACUCAGUUCGGAUGUGGCUGGAGCAGAGACUUCGCGACGGUUUAGAGGACGGGUCUGUUUCAGGGCAGCAUAUUGGGACUUUUGAGAAAUACACCAAGGGCAUUGGCAGGAAGGUGCUGGAGCAGCAGGGCUGGGUCGAGGGGCUGGGGCUGGGCAGCAGCAACUCGGGAAUGGCCGAAGCUUUGGACAACGAGGGUCAAAAUCCCAGAUGCAAGCGGGGACUGGGGUACCACGGGGAGAAACUGCCGACCUUCAGCAAGGCAAAGAAGCCCCGGCCAAAUGGUCCCAUCCUCAUCUCCACCAUCUACGACGACCCUGAGCCCGUGGACAGCGGUGACCUGCUGCUCAGGCGCCAGCCACCCACUGCCAUGAAGUACAGACAGGACAUGCCCUUUGUCCGGGCAUCCCGUGGCACUCGGGAGAGACCCAGUGCCCCGUCGCACUGAGCAGAGACUGUCACAGACCAUUUGUACUGGUCCCGUCUCCCUCUGGCAGCAGGCUGGCUCCUGCUGCUAAUAUAUUUAUUUUUGAAAGAACCCAAAUUGUAACAAAAACUGCCUUGGUGGGAUUUGUUUUUUUUUCCUUCUACUUUGAACCAUUUCAAGUGAGGGGAAUCACUGCUUGUCCAUUUGUUCAGUGGGGAUGGGGAGUGUCUGAUUGGUGCUUUAAAGCCCAAACUAGGAGGAAAGCUGCAGCCUGAGACCCAGGGGAGGACAAGUACAGACACGGCGGCCGUGGCACGGUAGCUGUCCUGCGGAAAGCUUGCUGCUGGCCCGCAGCCUCGCGCUGCCUGGGCGUGACCAUCCUGCAAUCCCAGGAGAAACUUGCCUUGAUGAAAGACGCGUCCUGGCAGCCUUCGGAGGAGCUCUGCG